GUUAUUGUUUUUCUGUAGGCAAAAGAAGAAAAACAGAGCCCUUGGACCAGACUGAGUCGUAGAAUGCCUGUCUUCUAGAAGAGGUCAAAUACAGGAGGAGGAAAAUCCAGAGCGUCUUUUAGAAGCAAUUCUUGCUUUAUACAGAAUGAGUAAUGUUCCCGAAACAGAAAGGCCUGAUGUUCCUACGUGUAGUUACAAAGUUAGCAAACAGAUGCGUAAUGAAGUAUUCAAAGUCAGUCCCACAAUAAAAAGAAUGGGUUAUCGUUACCGAACAUUUUACAUAUAUGCUGUUAAACCCAAAAGUGUAGCAGAUGAGGAAAUGAGGAGGAAGCGAAUUUGUUCUGUGCUGAAAAGAUAUGGUAUUUACCGUUUCGAAAUAGCUCCAUGUGCUGAAAAUGUCAUGGAUUUUAUGCACGUUGGAGCCGAAAUAGAAGUUAGAUCAAAUACACCAUACCCGCUUAGAUCACGCGAACCCGGGACUGUCAAAGGCGGCACGCUCGGCUGUUUUGUAAAUAUGAAUGAUGGAGAAGAACAAUGCGGUCUUCUUUCUAAACACGUUUCUGAACAUUGCAGAGAUGUGUAUUAUGUCUGUAAAGGAAACAGUAAAAUUAUCGGUCAUAUGCUAGAAAGCACAAACAAAUAUCAACCAAAUGGUCUUGAUAUUUCCGCUGCAUUAAUGAACGAACCUAUAAGUGAAGAAGGAACAAUGUUCAAGGACACACGUCAAGCUCUUUUGAAAGGAAAGUUAUACGAAUACCUUGAGGAUGAAGAGGAUGCGAUAUGUAGCAGUGGACAGUCUGUAUAUAUUUAUGGAGCAAAAUCAAACCCUGGCAAAGGUGAAAUUACAAUGCCAUUUGUUGAUAGUGGACUCUCGUCUACAUUAAUUCAAGUAGAAGACCAAGUGUGUUCCGAUGGAACAAUCCAAGGACGUUUUGCAGAAAAAGGCGACAGUGGCUCAAUCGUGUGUGUUGAGGAUCCAAACAGGAAAGAAGUACAUGUCCUUAGCAUGGUAAUGGGGACUCCAGACUUGGAUGAUUUUCCAUCGACAAGAAGAACAUAUCUUACAAUUCCAUUGUCAAAAGGAUUACAACAGUUACAACAUAAUACUGGAAAACAAUUCAAACUUUGCUAACUGUGUCAUUUAUAUCUAAUGAUUGAUAAAGACUUAUCGAUCUUUUUGUCACGAUAUUUUGUUUGUAAAUAUAUUAAAAUCCCGAUUUUCAAUGACAAUUUAUCGCAUUUUCAAAUAAGGAAAUGAAAUGAAAUAAAUAUUUAGAUAAUAUAUACUAACCAAUCAAUCAUUAUUUUUGAAAUUAUAAGUAAAUAAACGUAUGAUUAACACAUGGUAUUUUUUCAAAAUAUGAAAUAAUACUUUGAGUAUCUUUCAUUGAUGUUUUUGCCGAAAAUUGUAUUUAAAUUACAUAUUUUAAAUUUGCUUUUCAAUUACCAUCAUUAAUACAUGACGUUUUUUCGGUGACAUAACAUCAUUACCCGAACUCUGAGAAAUUGUUACAAUGGGUGGUGUUCACCACAUUUCCCAUUUCAGGUGUACUUCAGUUGUUCUGUAAAGUGGAUUUUAAGGAAGUUGAUGGAUUAAAUAUACAGUAAUUUGAAGUUGUCAUUUUGAUGCAAUCAAAAUGAAAAAUCUGAUUAUGUCUUUAUCUUGUUUUUACUAGUUCUUUUUCCUACUUAUGACGACAUAUUUCUGCUAGCCACAUAUCCACUUACUCAUGACGAACAAAGCUUUAAAUUCACUAAUCCAGUUUCGCUUCGUGAUAUCCAUAUAGGUAUCGUAGCAAGGCAAAACGCGAUCUGCCUGUUAACGCCCACUGCUGCCUCCUCCCUAUCAUUCUCCAUUAACUGCGUUUGUUAUUUUUCCACUUGGUACAUUACGUUUUGUGGGUAACAAGAAAUAGUUUAAUCAGAUAUGUACUUCGACCCGCACUUUAACACGUGUCAGACAUACUUGAUCGUCUCGUUCUGCAAUUUUCAUAAAAAAUGUAAUUUAACCUAUUUGAAAAUCUUAUUCUGUAUUCUACUUAUUUUCGCGAGUAAAUGAUGACAUCAGUGGACACUAAUUGGUGUUUUCGACCUUGUUAGAUAAUCAUCUGGAUAACUCGAAACUUUUCUAAAUAAUAACUAGAUUUUUUACAUUUUUAGAAAAAUGUAAGUUCAUGAAUAAGUGGUUAUUUUGUUGGCAGUAAUGGGCUAAUAUAUGAAAUGUACUACCUAAAUUGGUACACUGUUCCACCAUACUUUGUCUUUAUAUCUUUCAGAUUGUUAAAUGUAUAAAUUACAAGGUGCUUCUUCAACAGUUGCAACCUCUCAAACCGUUUUAAAGAUAUUUGCUAGCCUUUCAAAGUAUGGUACCACUUGUUAAAGUUUGCUUGCAUACGCGGUUAGUGAGGUGUUGUUAUAUUUAACUUCCAUUUUAGAAGAAAACGUUAUAAAACCUGACGUACAAAAGUAGAAACAUAGCUGUACCUCAUAUCAUAUAUGUUACUAGCAAUCAUGUCAAAAAGUGUGUGAAAUUUCAUCAAGUUAAGCUCACCUGAGCACAACGUUGUGAUUGCUCUUAGUCAGUCUCCUAUUGUUGUCCGUCGUGUGUCGUCCACAAUUUUACUGUUAAGUCCGUAGAUGUAAAAAAUUUGCCCAAACGUAAUACAACUUGCAUAAGUUGCCUAAAUAUAUUCUUGUUUGAUACUUUGUUAUCAAGGACAAACACUAGGUCACUACGCCAAGCCAUAGAUAAACCUUGUUGUUACAAUUAACUUAUUCCUAUUUAUAAUAAUUGUGCUUCUGAACCUUUAGUCGAAUUUCACACAUCAGUUAAGUGUUAUUUUCCGCGUUAUUAAUGUCAUCACUAAAGAAGAAGCUAUAAAGAUAUGACAGAAAUUAAGAGGUUAAAGCAGGAAAGCAAUCCUUUGUGGUUUGUACACUUGUUGAAAGUUAUACAAAGAUUUAGCAGACCCGGGUCCGAGGUUUUAAAGCAGUGUAAUGUGAGCAGUCUUAGGACUCGACCCUCUGCUCUUCCCACAGUUUAGGUCAAAAUUUUCAACACCUUCUUUUCCAACAAGUUUGGCAUAGAAUGUAUAAUUGACACUGAAAAAUGAUGAAGUGGGUGAAUUUAAAAGGUAGAUAAUGGUAAAAAUGUAUAUAAAUUUUCUGCAUUAUUAAAAUAGUUGCAACGGUUUAUUAUGCACAAUAGUUUUGGUUAUUGAUAAGAAUAUCUUGUAAAAAGCUUAUGUCAAUAGGUUUGUAUCACUAGUCACUUUCAGAUACUCACUUAUUGGGUUUUUUGCAAAGUUAUUUUUCGCCUAAAAUAUGUAGGUUAGUCCUUUUAAUAUUGACUUUAAUAUUGACUUUAAUAUUGACUUUGAUUAGGACAAAGCUGUAGACUUGUCUCAAAACCCAGAUUUAAAACCUUUGUACCUGAUGUUUUAUAAACAAUACAAAAGACAGAAGCUAAAUAUGUUUUAGAUUUCUAAAUGAAAUUCUAGUUAUCUGACUUGAAAAUCCGAUAAAUGUUGUUUUUUUAAUAUUGCCAAUAUCAAAAGGCAAAAGUGUAACGGAGUAAGGUUAUGCCAUACCCAAGCGUAGCAACUUAUUAUGUCGCCACUACAAGUCAAUUUAAUAAAUGUAAAAUAUUUUAUUUUAUUUUUCUAAAUGCUGAACAAUGAAUGAAUUAGUAAAUAAAUAAAUCGACACUAAACUAUUAAGCUGCUUUCAAAAGCCUGCUAAAAACCCACUUCUUUGUACAAUAUUUUGUUAACUGACCGAUACAUUGAUGUUUUCUUUUCUUCUUCUUCAUAAAACAACGUAGAACAGUAUUUUAUCCUAGGGUCACUUAAAUACUUUUAAAUAUGUAUGUAUGUUUAUCUUGUUUAAUCUAUACGGUUUACAUUCACGAUUUUUGUUAAUAUUAAUGUGGAAUGCAUUAUUUUUGUAUGCGUAUUUGUUUGUAUUUUUACAACUUAUUCUGCAAAGCACUUUUGAACGUGUACAUGUGCAUGAAAAGAGUGCUAUAUAAAUGUGGUAUAAUAAAUAAAUAAAUAUAAAUGGAUAUUAACUGUUUAUCUUAAACAGCUAAUAUGUAUAGAUUUUCAA